AUGAGUGCACGCAGCAUACGCAGCGGCUCACCAGUUUCAACAUCGAGCUCAGCUGGAGGAGAAUAUAUCAGUACAAAUCUAAAUGGUAUUUCAAAUCUCGCUAGAGCAGAUGCAGAUCUCAUCCCAAAAUCAGUCAUAGAUCUCAAUGAAGACAGAUAUUCAGACGAAAAUAAGCAUGCAUCUACACUAGUGAAGCCGUUUAUACACGACAGGUCUAUUAGUUAUGUCGAUGGUGUGCCUCCAGAAGUCUAUCUACUCCAAAACCAGACGGGUGAACUUAAUCUCGACAGCAGCCAAUACAAUCAGUUAUUACAAAGGGCCUUUACUGCACCUAUGUCAUCUAGAUUAGGUCACCUCGCGCAGCCAGGUUUAUCUAACUUCAUCCACACUUCAGAUGAUGCCUCUGAUUCACACCCAAAAGCCUUACAAAACCAAACGUCACAGGAGCUCGCCAACCUUGUUCAAUUAACAGUACAGACUAUCAUACAAUUAUCACCACCACACUUACUUGAUUUUGCGAAAGAACAGUAUGCAGCUUGUGGACUUACCUUCCCAACACCUUCAGUCUCAUCCUUUUUGACAGUAUCAAAGGUCUUAAACUACCUUUCGGUAUUUCCAUCUUCCUCCAAAUCAAGUCGUUUAAUGUCACCAAAGUUCAAUAAAUCAUGGGAUAUUGGUGAAAUGUUGCAGGGUAUCGCUGACAGUCUAGCUGGUUUAGCUGCAGAACGCUCGAUAAACAUCGUCAUAGCUCAUGCUGGUGCUAAUCUACAGCAUGUAUCUGUCAAAGGUGAUCGAGCUAGUAUAAAUGAAGGAUCUCUAUCUUUUGGAUUGUUGCAUAUUCUCAGAAGGAUUUUGGAUACAGCAUUGCCAGGAUCGUCAUUAGAGAUCAGUCUCCAUAUAACUCCUGAGCCUGAUGAUGAGACUGAGACCAAAACAUCACGUCUUACUUGCACCUUCGAAAUCCAGCACUAUCAUCCUAAAGCAUCAGCUUUUUCACUCCAACAACAAAACAUACCUUCACCUUUUCUCGCCAAUCUAGUAACUCGUCACAUACUCAGUGACUUAGUCGUAGAUCUCAAAUCUAGACCAGUGUUCGCAUGUACUCCAGACGAACCUCAUAGGAGAUGCUACGAUUUUGUUCUCAGCCUUCUUGAAGGCGACCCUCUACCCGAGUGUUUGCUUACACCAGAAGAAGAAGCUAGUCGGCAGCCAUUCGGACAAAAUUUCGCAUUAGCACGUGAACCUACUAUCAGGGAGUUAGAAACUUUGGCAACCAAAGACCUUCACAACUAUGAAGCAGAAUUCUAUUGUCACCCUGAUAACAUUUUCGCGAAACACAUUUGUGGAUACCUUUCCUCAUGGAGAAUGCAAGUCAAUGUUCACAAUAUAGAUAAUGGAGACUCCGCCAACGAUCUGUCUUCUCAAAGCCAAAACACGAAAGUUCCUCUAACAACAGAACGCACUAGUGAGAAUGAAGAAAUGACACCAUCGGAUGUAUCCAAUGACAACACGUCUUUUGAGACUGGUUUAGGUGUUAAUAGUGAAAACCACACAAUUGGUGCAGAGGAUGAAUCAGGAAAACACACAGAUAUACCGAAUAAAGCUCGCUUUAUUAUAAUAGAUGACGAUAUUAUUACGUUUAAGAAAACGCUCAACAGUGAGCGGCUGAAGGUAAUAAGAAGAUAUCAUCAAUCGCUUGCUUCUCAAACGAAGGUUUUAAAUCCUCAAACGAAUCGGCCAAGUUUACAUUCAAGGCAUACGAACUCAAGUCAACUAGACCAGCCAUCAUCUUCACAGAUAAAUAAUGGCGGACCAUACUUCAUCCAUUUUACCAGUCUUGAGAAUUACAAACUUGUGAUUGAUGCAAUACUCUCGGCUAGGGUACCUCUAGACACAUCAAGUAAUGAAUCUUUCAAUUUCGACUUGCCUAAUAUACAAGUACUGCCAAAGCCAGCAGGGCCUCGAAGAGUCUUGACAGCUUUGCAUACAUCUAUUAAUAAACCAGUUGUUGAUCCUCAUUUCCGUCCAUUGGCAACUACACCCCUAUCCCCUAGCGUGUACACAGGUACAUCGGGAUCAAGGUCCUCGUUUUACUCGUCGUUUAAUGCGUCAAGGUCUUCACUUGGACGUACUGAGGAAGAUAAAACGCCAUCAGAUCAAAUUGGUCACAGGUCACCAUCGAUAUCGAGCCAGCAAUUGAAUGACAACUUGUCACCUCAAUUCCAUCACAAGAAUCUCGCCAAUGAUUCUCAAUCAAAUGUUAGCUCGAUUUCACGAGGUAGUCAAUCAGUGACUUCGCCUAUGGAUACAACAGCUAUAAAUUACUUUUCACAUAAAGCUGCAGAACUUGGUGACGGUAAUAAGGGUAUGUUGAUUCAAUCACACGAUGGUAGAGCAGCUGGUGUAUUCUUCGAUCCAACUCAGUCGCCAGUUGAAGAACUUCAUUCGGAUGAGAAGAAUGAAAACGUAGAAACAAAGGGUAGUAAUACGACCCAGGCAUCGUCUAAUCCAAGUAGAGUCAAGCGUAAUAGACGUCAUUCAAACGCCAACCCAGCUGUCAGUCGACAUGGUAGCGUCAGACGUUCAGCACUUUACAAGCCAAAUAUUGGAUUGAAGGAAAUGAUAGAUAGAGCAAAGUCGAAUGGAUUAGUAGAAGAUGAAAGGGCUGAAGAUGAAGACUCCAAAAAUGCUAAUAUUGUCAGCAGAGCGUCAACCACGGCUUUGCAUGAAGUCGCUCAAGAGUCUGCUGAAAGGCCGGACACGCUUAAUCAUUCACAGUCAGAUCCACCUCCAGCGAUGUAUGCAGAUGCAGCACCUUCUAUUACGUCGUUGCCUAAAUUCACACUUGACGAAUCUGAGGAUAUUCCACGACCACCAUCGAGUGAUCAACACGGUACACCAACACCUACACAGUCAGUCAAAGGGAUACCAGGACCUGAUAAAAAGAAAUCAAAUAGUAGCCAGACUGAAGUAUCUCAGAAAUCUGUGAGCACAGCAUCAGCUUCUACAUCUACCAGUACCGUAAAAGAGGGAUCAAACGCUAGUGUGUCUACAUUUGGCGGAAAUAGUUUGGAUAUACCUAAAACAGAUUCACCUGAUGUUACCCAAGAACAGAAAGAGAAUCCAUUCGACAACCUCGUUGAAAGAUCGCCUGGUGAGAGGCCAGCACUUAAUACAAGGCAGAGAUCAAAGUCCGUCUUGAAAUCAAUUAAGGAUGCUGCUCAAGCUGCCAGAAGAGAUGUUCAAAGUAAAUACAAUGAAUCGAAGACCAAUGAUUAUCCGGCCAAGUCCGUGAGCAGCGGUUGGAUGAGUGGAAGUAACGUAACACCACCAGUUAAUGUACUUAUCGUUGAGGAUAACCCAAUUAACCAAACUAUUCUUAAGAAAUUCAUGACGAGACGUAAUGUAAAAUACGAUAUCGCGUUGAAUGGUGAAGAAGCUGUCGAGAAAUGGAGAACAGGUACAUUCCAUUUAAUUCUGAUGGAUUUAGCUUUACCUAUCAUGAGUGGUGUAGAGGCAGCUAGACAAAUAAGAGCUAUGGAAAAGAAUCAAAACAUCGGCGUUUUCCCAUCAACACCGCCGUCAGAAUUACCUAGACAAGCAAGUGAACCAUCGGAUGAUUUACCACAUGAUGCUUCCAUACGAUCAUUUGCUAGCUCGAUACAAACGAAUUUCAAAUUCAGGUCUCCAGUUAUUAUAGUGGCCCUAACAGCUUCCUCUGCAACUUCUGAUAGAGUUGCAGCACUAGAGGCAGGGUGUAAUGAUUUCUUAACGAAACCCGUUAAUUUCCAAUGGUUGGAGCGUAAGAUUAUUGAAUGGGGAUGUAUGCAAGCUUUGAUCGAUAUUGACGGUUGGAAAUCAUUCCGUAUGAAGCGUUUUGCAGAAUCUGAGGAUAAAACUCCAAAAUUAUAA